AUGGACACGGAAGUUUUUGAUAAUGUCUGCGCCCCAUCCUUUGCAGAAGGUGGACUGGGUAGUCGACUUGACGAUUCCACAGAUUUUUUCGAGAGGACCAGAGAUGAUAAACCAAAAAAAACUGAUGAAGUUGUAUCCUCAACAAUUCCAGUCGACACAUUUAAUGUGUCCCCAAAGAAGGCACCUUUUGCCAAUAUUCCCAUUAACUCAACUGUUAUAUCUGAAACUUCGAAAAUUGAAGCAAGUAACACUAAACCAGAAUCUACCUUCAGCAUACCAUCAAAUACUUCAAAUACCGCUGAUGGAUCAGAACUCGAAAACUUGGGCAGAUUGGCCAUGUUUGGUAAUCGUCCUCAGCAGAAACGAAGAUCUCAGUUAAGAAGAGAGGAGCGUUCAAAAGUCGAGUCUGAAAGAAAAGCUCCGAUUCCAAGACCUGAGCAAUCAUCCGUUAAGGUACCUAUUCCAGCACCUAUCCCACGUGAUCCUUCUAAUGCUCGUCAGUCAUACUCCUCACGCACGCAAGCCCCAACGCGCCCAACAACAUCGAGACUGUCCCAUUCUUCAAAUAUGGCAACGUCUACUCGUCCGCCGACUACCAUAAGAUCAAGAACUCCAAGUGUUGAACCUAUUCGUUCACGUAGAUCUGCAUUUUAUGAUAAUAGAUCUGCACCAGGCAGCUCAAGUAAAGUAAUUCCUCCAGUCGCGCCCAGGAAUAAUCUAGCUGGUCCAAUCACGAGAAGCCGUGCUCGCUUAACGAAUGAGAAUGCUGAUACUAAAAAUGCCCCACAGAGUCUUAGCAACCGACUCUCUCAGCUCCAAAUUUCGAAUCGCCCUAUAGCUCCUCUCACUAGUGAGCAAGAGUUUAGAAAAGGUAUCAGACAAAGACAUGCUGUUGCACCUCGGCUGUCAUCAACUCCAGUAGGGAAAGUUAAUAGCAAGCUACAAGAUGCCAUCACAUCAGCAAACAAGAAACCUCCUUUGCCAUCUGUUGCUAGACGCGAAGGCAGUGUAACUAGAGAUCGUCCGUUGAGUGCUGCGAAGCAAACUCCGAUCAUUGUUGCUCGUUCACCUCUCCGUAGAACUCCUGUAGUUCCAUCGCAUCCGAGAGUUGCAUUCGGGUCUGGAGUAAGACCUGCACGUUUAGCGCGCCGUUCUAACACAUCUUCUCCUGGCUUGCGCAAAUAUCCCGUGAACCCAACCACUCGUCCACUGGUUGUUACUAUACCUGACACUCCAUCGUUCAUGCGGAGACAAUCUGCGACAAAAAAAGAUCACCCUUCAAUUCAACAUGCUGACACGCCUUCGAAGCCACAAUCUAUGCAACGACAGUCUUCUGCCCGGAGAAGUAGAAUCGAUGUAGCGCAACUUGUAGAUAGAUUAAGUAAGCCGAAAGUUUUAGCUAGUCCGAAACGCGUCCCCCCGGUAAAAUCAAAGCUUGUUAAUGGCUUAACCCAUGGAUUAACUUCUCAAAGAAAAGUAAGAAGUAGAAGUACUUCUAUUGUUCGUCCAGGAUCAGCAACUAAUGCCCCAGAAACUAAUCAGUUUGAUAACAUGAAAGUUUAA